GGCGAGUGCGGCGACGCCACGCACUGCAUCAGCUGGUCGCGGUUGAGCAUCACCCACCGUCCGGUCGUGGGACUCGUGGGUGCCGUCAGGCGAGGUGAUCCAGUCGAAAAGUCGCAUUAUAUAAGACGCGCGAACGGAUGCGACGCGCGAUGUGAGGUACGCGAUUAUACGCGACGGUCGGAGAGGAUACCGUGUCUUCGGUCUUCGUCGAGUCACGUUCACGUUGCAUUGCGUAGCGUCGCGGCAUAACAUUCUUCACCGUUCCCCGAAUAACACACUGUACACACGCGCGCGCACGCGGUUGUCGGUCCCAUUCAGAAGAGCCCGAGAUAACGCGGCUCUCGAUCAGCGACUGUCGCGAGCACAAUUCGCGUCCAAGGACGAUCAUCGGCGACGUUACAGGCUGUAAUUCACGGAAGAAGCGAGGAUCGUCGAAGUUAUUCUUCGAAUUCUCGCCGUGUUCUCUCGCUUUUUCUCUUUACGUUCGGCAUGUCUCGCGUUUUCAUUCGCGCUCGUGCAAAGUUCAUCCCCGCCGGUUCGUCACCGCGAUAUGACGCAAGGGUGACAGGUCCGCGAUAAGAGUCGUGUCUGUUCUCGUGAUCGUGUGGUCGCCCACGCGCGACAACUUAUCGCGCUGCUGUCUAUUGAACUCACGAAGCUCGAGCGUGCUCGAGUUCCGACAGCUACUCUCGCCUGACAGCUCGACGGGAUGUCCAUUAAUCUGUGCGAGGUCGAUCCGUUCAGCGAGAUGCCGAUGGAGAUGCCUAUGGAGCAAGAGUCCUGCGAAGGUGAUAGUCAAGUGAUAGUGGAAGAAAGUCCAAAGGACAAUGUAGAAACUAAUGCUGUGAGUGAAGCAACUUAUGCAGAACCUUUGACCCCAGAGGAAAUACGGUGGUUUUACAAAGACGGCGUUGACAAAAGGUGGAACGAGUUUUGUGGAUACGACAGCUUAAGAAUCGAGAGAAUUUAUCGGGAGCGUCAGAGUUUAAUUAAUGAGAAUAACGAUGGAACAAACGGUUUGUCACCUGCUGAGAAAAUUGUAGUUAGAGGUGGAAUGUACGAUGUUGAUAUUGAUAAUAUGAAAUGCGUUUCGAUAUACUGGCCAGGUGAGGAAUGGGAAAUUAUGAGGGGUACAUGGUAUUAUGAUGGCAGCUGGAUACCGUUAGAAAUAGAACAUUCCAAAGUAAUAGAAGAGGUACAUCUUAAAUUAUUUCAAAAAGAAAGCAACAAUCAAAGUGUCACUACGUCUGAUACAAAUGCUCCUCAAUCUUAUAAAGUGUUACAUACCGAGCAAUUCCCCGAAUUUCAUGUUGACUGGCAUUCGGUUAACGAUGUGACACAAUAUAGUGAAUAUACACCUACUAAAUUGAUGCGUAGCGUUACAUCAAAAUUGGGUUUUGCGAAAACAACAGGCUAUCGAUUGAAAAGAGGCUAUAAAACGCGUACGAAUAUGGAGGAUAAGCCACGUGAUAUCGAUCAUUUAGUAUUUGUUGUUCAUGGAAUAGGACAAAAGCGAGACACAGGAAAAAUUAUACGUAACACUACAUGUUUUAGAGAUUGCGUGGACUGGCUUAAGCAGAAAUAUUUUCCAAAUUCUAAACACAGAGUAGAAUUCUUUCCAGUUGAAUGGCGGUCGUCGUUGAAGUUAGACGGAGAUAUAGUAGACGCAAUUACGCCUUACAGUGUAUUGAGCAUUCGCCACUUGCUGAAUACAUCAGCAAUGGACAUUUUAUAUUACACAAGUCCUCUGUAUGGUGCUGAGGUCCGAGCUGGUUUGCAAAAGGAGCUAAAUAGUUUGUAUUUUAUGUUUGCGAGUCGGCAUCCCGAUUGGCAAGGAAAGGUUUCAAUCUUGGCGCACUCCCUAGGAUGUGUGAUUUUAUAUGACAUAGUUACAGGUUGGACAGGACCUGACACGCGACUUUCGUGCCCACAGACGCAAGAAGUUUUAUUGCAAGGAUUGCAAUUUCCCAUUGAAAACUUGUUUUGCUUGGGUUCGCCGUUGUCUGUAUUUCUAGCGCUGCGCACACGUGCUCCAUCCAAUAGAUUAGAUGUGAUGCCGCAAAGUUUGUGUAAGAGGUUCUACAAUAUAUUUCACUGGUCCGACCCAGUGGCUUACAGAAUGGAACCGCUAUUGGAAAGGGGUUACAGUAAAAUUGAGCCAGUACUGAUACCACCAUACGGAGGAAUUGAUGGUCAGCAAAUGCCACAAUCGCCUUCAUCAUUGAACAACGUCGAUCCGACUCUACCACCUACAGAGAAUGACGAUAAAGACGAUAGUCCAGUGGAUAGUCCACCUAACCGUAAUGCAGAGAAGGGCUGGAGCCUUUGGGACUUAGUACGAGGUGGUUGGAACGUUAGAGAAGGUCCAUCUUCGCCGACACCAGACUCAAAUCCACCAAUCCGUCCAGGUCAAGAAUUAGCGCAACGAUUGGAUUAUGUGCUACGUGCGGUUGGUUUAGGAAGGAAUUAUUUGUAUACUGUAACAGCACAUACGGCAUAUUGGAAUAAUUACGACGUGGCCUAUUUCGUAUUAACAAGACUUUUCCCGACGCUAGAAACUUGAUGGCAGUUUAAACAGUUUAGCGCAGAAUCCCAACAGUUUCUGCUAAGAUGCUCUAGUCCAUUGUAGGCCUUCUUAGAACAUAAUAUCACAAAUAGGCCUACCACCAAAACAAUCUGUGAUAACGGAAAAACGAUACAAUAAUGUUGCAAAUUCUAUAAAAAUCAAUCAUUUUAUAUCGUUUAUAUAAUUGAGCAAAUCGCUUUGCAUCGAGUUACACGGGACGAAACGUUGUUUUUGCUCGUUUUGAAAAGUAACUUUGUAUGUACUGAACAUUAGGUAAAUCGACAUUUAUACGUAGCAUAAUAAACUCGGUAUCAUAGGAGCGCAUGGAACGAAAUGAUAAGUUUUAUGAAUUAUGUUACCACCUGAUAGAUAUAGUUUAUGAAUAUGUAAAAUAUUAAGUGUGACUUUACUUUGUAAAACUCUCUAUGACUUGUUAUGACACAGUAGUUGUUUUCGAAUAGUUUUUAAUUGAUACAUUAGUUUGACAACUAAUGUAUUCUCGUUGAUUGUCUUUGUUAUGUAUAUUGCUAUAUAUAUAAAUAACAAAUUUUAGAAUUACCAAA